AUGUGCGUCUUUGUCGUCUGCUCACACUGCUGGGUUCCAUGCCUGUGUUCCAGUUUUAAACCUAGGCCUGUGUAUGGCUUCCGAAUAUGCUGCUGCCUCCACCGCCACCCUGCGCCAUGUGCCUCUGUCGUCUGCUCACGCUGCUGACGGCUUCCGCUUUUUAACCUAGGCCUGUGUAUGUUUCCGAAUACUGCUGCCUCCACCGCCACCCUGCGCCAUGUGCCACUUUCGGGUCUCCUCACACUGCUGCCAGGUCCAGAGUGUGUCAUGGGUCCCUGUACGGCCUCCCAUUGCUGCUGACUUCAUCGCCAGACUCUGCCAUGUGCCACUUUCAGGUCUCCUUACACUGUUGGUGGGUUCCAUUUUGUGAUAGGGUGCUGU